AUGGUUCUCUCCAAGGAAAAUGCCUCCAUUGGCAUUAUUGGAAUGGGCGACAUGGGCAGGAUGAUAAACGCCUGUGACAAGCCGGAUAGUUACAAUUCACUCAAAGACGAAUUUGCUUCAGACCAAGGUAUUACUAUAUUUCCGAAUGGACACUUGGUCUCGCGAAUCAGCGACUACAUUAUUUACAGCGUAGAGGCCGCAUUUAUCGAUCGGAUAGUGGCUGAAUAUGGUCCUUCGACAAAGGUCGGCGCAAUCGUUGGUGGUCAGACUUCGUGCAAGUCGCCUGAACUUCAGGCUUUCGAGAACCAUCUGCCUCCGGAUGUAGAGAUCCUCUCGUGCCACUCGCUCCACGGCCCAAAGGUUGCUCCCAAGGGUCAGCCACUGGUCUUGAUUCAACACCGAGCUACUGAUGCGAGCAUGCGAUUUGUAGAGGAAGUCUUUUCCUCGUUUGAAUCCAAAUAUGUUCAUCUCAGCGGCGAGAUGCAUGAUCGUAUUACCGCCGAUACCCAAGCGGUCACGCAUGCUGCUUUCCUCAGUAUGGGUACUGCAUGGUCUUCGAAUAAAAAGUUUCCCUGGGAAAUUGCCCGCUGGGUGGGAGGUCUCGAAAAUGUCAAGAUCAACAUCACCCUGCGCAUAUACGCGAGCAAGUGGCACGUCUACGCCGGUCUUGCCAUUCUCAACCCGGCCGCCAAAAAGCAGAUCCAUCAGUACGCGCAGUCAGUGACUGAGCUGUACAAAUUGAUGUUGGAGGGCCGCCGAGAAGACCUCAAGCAAAGAGUCAAGGCCGCCGGUGCAGCAGUCUUCAAAGAGGGAACUGAAGCACAGGACCUGCUUCUAAAAGACGAAGUUCUCGACCGGUUCUCGCUAUCCCAGAAGCCCCGAGAAGCAGUUCCUCCGAACAACCACCUCAGUCUGCUGGCGAUUGUGGACUGCUGGUCCAAACUUGGCAUUGUUCCUUAUGACCACAUGAUCUGUUCAACCCCACUCUUCCGUCUCUGGCUAGGCGUGACCGAGUACCUGUUCCGUAACCCGGAGCUUCUCGACGAAGUCCUAGACAUCGCCAUCGACGACCACACGUUCCGAGCAGACGAUCUAGAAUUCACCUUUGCCGCAAGGGCCUGGUCCGACUGCGUCUCGUUUGGGGAUUUUGAAUCCUAUCGCGACCGUUUUGAGCGCAUCCAAAACUACUUCGCGCCACGAUUCCCCGAGGCUGUCAAGCUUGCAUCUGUUCACAGUGAGAAUCUGGGUCCUUCGAAGGCCGCACCUUCUCUUUAUCGGCCUGAGGAUGAAACUAUUACAAUUCUACGAACACAGUACGAAGGGCUGCUCCGAACAGCUCGGCAAUUUGAAAACCUCAAACAUCGGCUUCUAAAAGGCGGCGUCACUCUACAAAGCCUUGAUGUUCUCCUCAGUGAGCCGCUUUUGCCCAUCCCAGGGCCUGCCGCCAACACUCAUUUUCAAGGCAAACAAGCCCGAAACGACGAAUAUCAAUCUACCAGGAACGAUGGGACUAGGUGGACACAUACCGACGAACCAAGGAUGACCGAAGAAGAGAAUGGCUUCUAUCUCAUUGAAAAGGAAGAGACUCACAGUCCAGAGCGAGAGGAGAUCCAACAGGGUCCUGCUACUGAUGAGCAGCGGACUGUCGACAUUCGGGGCAUACCCGACCGAACCACCCAUCGUGACCUGACCAAUGCAAUCUGCGGUGGUGCUAUUCUCGAACUUUAUUUCAAGUCCUUCGACCAUGCUGCUCGCCUCUCCUUCACCGAGCCCUCUGCAGCGAGGGUAUUUGUGAACAACGCUAAGCAGCAUGGGUUCUACAUUGCCGGCAAAAAGGUUGAGGUUUCAUGGGCAGAGCGACAGUUCUUUCUUCGCACUUUUAUCAAGCAGAAUAUCGACCACGGGGCGUCGCGAACCCUAGUCAUCCGCAAUGUCAACCCUAACAUCACCGAGGCCCUUAUACGACAACAUCUCGACCACAUCCAUAACCUUGUCGUCAUUGAUAUCCAAUUCAGCCAGGGGAACGCUUAUAUCAGCACGAAUUCUGUUCACAACGCAAUGUUUGCACGCUCGUGCAUGAUGUCGCGCACCGCCUACAAAAGAAUGAGAAUCGAAUUCAGCCUAGACGAAUGCAUUCGUCCUUUUCCGAAAGUCGAGAUUUACCAGAAAUCCAACGGCAAGACCGUGGAGAGCCCUCCCAAGCCUGCCAAAAAACCUACUAGGCCUCAGUCAAACAGGUUUGAAUCGUUGAGUGUCGAAAACUCGGGAGUAUCUGAUGUCUCCACUGACUCUGACUGA